GAUUUAGAGCCUUGGACUAAAUAAUUGACCAGCCAAGGGGAGCAGCUCCCCCGAAGGAACCAAAAGCAGUUUCAUGAUCCAUCGCAUGUUUCGCUGCUGGGACGAGCAAAAUGCGCAGGGAAAGCGCGAUUUUACAGCCAUCCAAAAUUCCGCAAAUCAGUGAAGAAAUCUAAGCUUGAGCCCUAAAUACCACAAUCCGUUUUCAAUUGAAGGGUUUUGAUGCCGUUCGAUCGCUCGAUGCCAUCUAUAUGGAAGAAUUAUGUCCCCAUUCUCUCCGAUCUUUGUCCUUAACCGCUGGUGCAGUUGCUUUCUUCCUGUUUUCAUUUCUCUGGGCCCUCCGGUUCCGCUUCCGCAGAUUCAGGAAAAAGAAGAUGGAGUGCGAUUGCUCUUGCUCUUGCGGCAGCGAUGGUGGUGGCGCUGCUGGGAAUAGUAGAGGGGAGACUAGUUCGGCGUGGGCAAGCAGGGAUGUUGCCGGAAAGGAUAAGGCGGCGGCGGAGAGGCAUAGCGGCGCGUCUAUGAUGGAGCAGCUUGUUCCGGAGAUCACUACGCAUGCUUUAAGUUAUUUGGACCAUACUAGCCUUUGCAAUCUCUCAAUGACGAAUUCAGCGAUGCGGAGGGCUGCUAACGAUGACAAUGCCUGGAAGGCAUUGUAUCACAAGGAUUUUACUGUGGAACAGGACGAUUUAGCUCCAACACAUGGAUGGAAGUCAUACUAUGCAGCUACAAAAGCCAUUGUCAAUGUAAAUGCAGAAUUCUGUAGCAGGGAAAGAUCGCUACCUGCUAUGGCUCGUUUCUGGCUCCAUGCAGACUAUGUGAAAUGCAUUCACAGCUCAGGGGAACUUUAUAUUGGGUUUAAUGCAGUAAUGAACAGCUGGGCUGCAGUCUUCAAUUGGGCCCCGGGAGUCGCCUUCCAAAUCCGCGACGUGCGUGCACGUGUGUCGAGCGACAUAGCUUGGGUUACAAUGAAAGCAUAUAUUGACUUGGAUUCAGACCAGUUCUUCAUGACAAAUGUCUUUGAAUUCCAUGAGGGGCGGUGGCUUAUGGUCCACCAUCACAGCUCUAUUAUGGUCAUGGAUGGCGAUCCAGGGCCGGGUCAAGCCAAUGGUUUUGCCUGAAGAAUAUAGCAAAUUACAAAGCUUCUUCUUCCCUAAUCUUUUUCUUUCUAUUAUUACCCUUGGGAUUUAUAUCCUUUUUUGCUUACCCUGUAGAUCGCUACUGUUUAUACUAUUUUUUUGUCCUGUUUUGUAAUUUUUUUUUUUUUUUUAAGGCUUCAGUGUUGUUAAUGGAGAGCUGCACAAAUGGUGUGCUUUGAUGUUUGCAUGAGCCUUUUUUAAAGUGUUUAGCUGAAGCAGGGAUGUUUGCAUCUAUUCUUAGGAAAGAGAAUAGAGGAUUGCAGGAUGUUUGCAUCCUGUAGUCUUGUCACUAUUCUCAAGUCCUGCUAAGGUUCUUAUAUUUGAUUUAUUAUGAAUUAUCAGUGAUUUAAUGAAAUUUUAUACUUUUAUUCCAA